UGCAUUGUCAUAUAUUCGCCCUUCCCAAAGUGAACCGAACAUCUGCUGUGGGCUUCUGGUCACCUGUGUGUGGAGGAGUUCGGGGGCCGGACGUUUGCGCGGUGGUCUCUAUGCGUGAUUGGCUUGUUUUGGGUCGAGGGGGGCAUCCAUUGAAGAAUUGGUGUUGGUCAUCGUGGAGGGGAGAGUGAUUGGGAAUCACGUGGACUUGACCGAAACAGAGAGAGAAUGAGAGAGAGGGGGUCGAGCACGAGAAGCAUCAUCAGUUCAGAGCAGUCACCGAAACACUGAGAGGUCACCUGGAGAACCCGGAUUAACCCAAAGACCCCACACUGAGCAGCAGGACGAGCACAUAGAGCAGGCGAAGAGAGGGAGCCAUGGCAGAGGGAGGCUGUCCGAAAGCGGAGGAGGAGGAGGAGGACCCUCAGUCGUUCCACGGCGAGGGCGUGUGCAAGUGGUUCAAUGUUCGCAUGGGCUUCGGGUUCCUGUCCAUGAGCACAAGAGAUGGUGUGCCUUUAGAAACUCCAGUCGAUGUUUUCGUCCAUCAGAGUAAACUGCACAUGGAGGGUUUCCGCAGUCUGAAGGAGGGCGAGGCUGUUGAAUUCACCUUCAAGAAGUCUUCCAAGGGUCUGGAGUCUCAGCGUGUGACGGGUCCUGGAGGGGCUCACUGUCUGGGCAGCGACAGGAGACCCAAAGGCAAGAGUGUCCAGAAACGCCGGCCCAAAGGAGACAGGUGUUAUAACUGUGGCGGUCUGGACCAUCAUGCCAAAGAGUGCAAGUUGCCUCCUCAGCCCAAAAGAUGCCAUUUCUGCCAAAGUGUUGCGCACAUGGUCGCCAACUGCCCCGCCAAAGCCCAGCAGUCGUCUCAGGGGUCUCAGGGAAGGUCUAGCGGUGUCGGAGAGGAGAAAACGGAGCACAGUCAUUCCCCGUCACCCACCAACUGAGACAGCAGAGGACGGUGGGACCACGCUUGAAAACCAAUCAUAUCACUAAAACUGGAAAAGAAAAAACACAUGCUAAUGCUGCUGUUGGGAAUCCCUCAGGUCUAUAAAAGCAACAGAUGAGAAGAAUGUGUCUUUUUUUAUUAACACUCAGGAAUACAGCUGCGCUCAGGAAUUUCAGUACAAUGUUUGAUGUGUUUAUACAAGUAAUCUCCUAUCUCAUUAAUGGUUCGUUUAUAUGACAACAAUGUACUAAAACAGUCAUACAAAUGUAGUCAAAACAAUGCCCAAUCUCUCGGAUCUGUGUAAACUGCUAAAACACUACAUUAUUAUUCAUGCCAGGCCAGUAGUUGGCGUUGUCACUUCGUAAAGAAACAUUACGCAUCUAUGAACCUACAUAUUCUUCAAGUAUAAUAAUGAAUAAUACGUAUGCGCGAUUUUUUUUUCACAGAUUUAUGUUUUAGUAGUUUACACAGACGAUAACAAUAUUGUUUUUAAACGCGUGCUUUGAAAUGUGAAAGUUUGCGUUUUCAGGCUUCAAAAGAGCCAUUGUUGUGAACGAACAGCCAAAACGCAUGAAACGUUUUCUGUUUUGAGUUGAAAACAGCGUUGUGUUAAGUCCCCAAGUGUUUUCUCUGCUGAGCUCGUCUAGGAUUGGCGAAAGGAAUAUACCCAAAGCAAAAGUUUUAUUCUGACAGAUUGACUGUUCGAUGCAUUUGAAUGUUUCUUGUAUUUCUUGAUGCUUUAAUGAAAAUGUUUUGGUGGUGUGUUGGGUUGUGGGGGGUUUGGCAAUUGCCAGUUUUGCAAUAGACUCUCCUGAUCACCAGGGACCAAAUGAAUGUUAAACCGCUGCCCAGCGCUUCCUUUUAUACGUGUCCAAAUCUGCCACUAGUGAUCUGCAGAUAUCUUCAAACAUUAAUUCAAUUUAUUAGAUAUGAAAGUACAUAAUCAAUCACACUUUUAUCUCUAAACUUCAGUCUACAGUCAAAUCUCGGCUUGAUCAUAUCUUAAAUGCUGCUGAUCUGUGUGUCUGCUAGCAAUAUAUUUUGUUAUUUGUCUUUGACAAUAGGUCUCAGGGGUUGUCUUGGAGAGAGAAAUAAGUUAUUCUUCUAAACGAACCCAUUCCUACAUCGAUGGUGAAGACAUCGGCUCCUUUCUCAAGCUGCCUGUAAUGUUUGGAAUGUAUUUAACAGCCUUUUACUCCCAUUUUACAGGAGGAGCUGAACAACUUAUUUAAUAUACAUAUAUAUAUACUGUUUAUGUAAACCUAUUAUUAUCCUUUAUGCAUAGUAUUUAUUUAUAGCAAUGUGUUCUGCAUCUUCUCCACAACGUAAAAGAGACUCUACCUCAAGUAGCUCAGAGUUAUUUCAAUCAUCAUGUGCCACGAAUCAGCUGAUGCGGAUGAAACUGGUUUGUGUGUGUUUGUGUUUAUUGCACUGGUUUUGUUACUGUGAAGCAUUGUUUUCUCUCUCCGUCUGUGCUGAAGACUGCACUCGGCCUCGUCUUACAGAUUUAUGCUUUAUUUUUCAGUCACCAUUUGACCUAUAAAUGCCUUUUACUUCGCCAGUUUUGAAUCAGAUUGUAUUGUAUGUCAGAUUAUAUUAUUAAUAUUACAUUAGGGUGAGGUAGACAUGAUUUGUGACAUGAAUUAUAUUAUUUUAUUACAGUUCCAUACCAUCAUAAUCAUUUUAAUUACUGGCUUUUCGAGAUUUGAUCAAACAGGAAUGUAUAUCCAGACUGUUGUGGUUGUCCCUUAUAUAAGAUGGAAACAUGAUAUUCAAUCCAUUCCUUUAUGCAAUAAUAUUUAAGUUCCUGUAUUUGAUAAAAGAAGGAAUCCUACAAAGUUUUGCACCGUUUAGACGUGUUCACGCUGUUUUUGACUAUCGUGUUGAUGUUGGGAAUCACUCCUUGAACAUUAGAAUGUAAUGUGAAGUUUUCAAUGUUUUUUCAUCUAAUAAAUUUAGUGGA